UCAACGAUCAAAGCACAGAUGCCUAGAUUUUAAUGAAUGUAGUGAUUAAAAUUUUGUAUACUAGAUGGGACUGUCUUAGUGACAGCUCGAACAAAUUUCUGUCUAAAAAUUUUGAGCGCAAGGCUGCAGAAAAUGCCUCCAUUUUGUUUAUUUUCUUAUGUGAAAAGUGUAGUGUCGGCAUUGCGGUAAAUCGUCAUUUAAUAAGUUCAAUGGUCGCAGAAUAAACAAAAAAUUUCAUACAAGUUGCAAAAUAUAAUCGUAUAUAUGUUCCUUGUGCGUUUCCCUCGUCCAGAGGGUUUAAAAAAUAGCAGACAUUGGGCGCAUCGCGAGUAAGCACUUUGUCAAAUUGACUACUGUGUCCGGCACUAAAUAUAAUCCGCAAAAUACAGCAAAUAAUAAUAACUCUCUCCAACGUGGUGUCGUGACAGACAAAGAAGGUUUUCUACAUUUAAAAAAAAGUAAAAGCGUUUUCGGCACCGUUGGCAAAGAUAAAACUGCGCCCCUUUUAUCGUCACCCCCAAUUAUGAACCACGUGACAGGUCACUAUCGCCGAAACGAAGAUAAUCCCCAAAAUCAGAACGUAAAUGAUAUAGAGGAUAUGGAAACUCAAGAAGUGACUACAAUGGAAUACAUCACAGAUAAUGGUGCAGCAGAGAUGGAUCAAACCCAAAAUGGAGAGAUCAUAGUUGGUCCACAACCUGAUCCCAAUGUGCUUGUCCAAGAUGCUGAAAUGGAAGAGGACGAGGCUCGCUCAGAGGCUACAUUCCGUUUCACUGUUCACAGUUUCAGCAAAUUAAAGGACUCUGUAUUGUCUCCCCCAUGCUUUGUGAGAAACUUGCCAUGGAAAAUCAUGGUAAUGCCCCGCAACAGCCAUGCUCAAGAUGCAAGAUCUGACAGACCGUCGCAAAGAUCAUUGGGUUUCUUCUUGCAAUGUAAUGGCGAAAGCGAGUCAAGCUCAUGGUCUUGUUAUGCCGUUGCAGAAUUGAGGAUGCUUUCUGUUCGACCAGAUCUUGAAAAUUUCAGCAGAAAGAUCCAACAUUUGUUCUAUUCUAAAGAAAAUGAUUGGGGUUUCUCUCAUUUUAUGGCUUGGAAUGAUGUGCUAGAUCCUGAAAAAGGCUACAUCAAAGAUGAUGCCAUAACUUUGGAAGUUCAAGUUGUAGCUGAUGCUCCUCAUGGAGUAUCAUGGGACAGCAAAAAACAUACAGGUUAUGUUGGAUUAAAAAACCAAGGAGCAACUUGUUACAUGAACUCCUUGUUGCAAACGUUAUAUUUUACUAAUCAGUUGAGGAAAGCGGUAUAUAAGAUGCCUACUGAGUCCGAUGACUCAACUAAGUCAGUUGCUCUGGCUCUGCAAAGGGUCUUUCAUGAGUUACAAUUUUGUGACAAACCCGUUGGAACUAAAAAGCUGACCAAAAGUUUUGGUUGGGAGACGUUGGAUUCUUUUAUGCAACAUGACGUCCAAGAAUUUUUAAGGGUGCUAUUAGAUAAGUUAGAAAGCAAAAUGAAAGGUACUUGUGUAGAGGGAACUGUACCUAAAUUGUUUGAAGGCAAAAUGAUUUCUUAUAUAAGAUGUAAAAAUGUUGAUUACUCCAGUACAAGAUCAGAGACAUUUUAUGAUAUACAGUUGAACAUUAAAGGAAAGAAGAAUAUCGAUGAAUCUUUCAAAGAUUACAUUGCCAAAGAAACUUUAGACGGUGAUAAUAAAUACGAUGCCGGCGAACACGGUUUGCAAGAUGCAGAAAAGGGGGUUAUUUUCAAAGAGUUUCCACCUGUCUUGCAUUUACACUUGAUGAGGUUUCAAUACGACCCAAUAACUGACAGUUCCGUCAAAUUCAACGAUAGGUUUGAAUUUUACGAAAAGAUCUCUCUAGAUGCCUAUCUUCAGGAUAGGGAUCCCAGCAAUCCCGCUAAUUACACUUUGCAUGCCGUUCUUGUACAUAGUGGAGAUAAUCAUGGAGGGCAUUAUGUUGUUUUUAUUAAUCCUAAAGGUGACGGUAAAUGGUGUAAAUUUGAUGAUGAUGUGGUGUCAAGAUGUACAAAGCAAGAGGCUUUGGAACACAAUUAUGGGGGACAUGAUGAAGACAUGAACAUGACAGUAAAGCACUGUACUAAUGCUUAUAUGUUGGUGUAUAUUAGGGAUUCAGAAAUGCAUAAAGUACUGCAAGAGGUUACAGACGCAGAUAUCCCUACGGAACUGGCUGACCGUUUGGCGGAGGAAAAGCGUAUGGAGCAGGUGCGUCGCAAGGAACGUAACGAAGCCCACCUCUACAUGACAAUAAACGUUCUAUUAGAAGACGCUUUUGACGGGCACCAAGGCAACGACUUAUACGAUCCGGAGCGAGCCCUAUUUAGGGUGUUCAAAAUAAAAAAAAUGGCUACCGUUGCCGAGAUGAUGGAAAUGUUGGCUGAUGCUUUCAAAUAUCCACCGGAACAAAUCAGGCCAUGGCCGUUUAGUCAAAGGUCAAAUCAAACGAUACGGCCAAGCGUGUUGGAUCUUGAGACAGAUCUUCACAAAGCGGUUCUAGACGCCGCGGAAAAUAUGAACCCUUGGAACGUAUUUUUGGAACUGUUACCACCCGAUUCGGGACAAUCGACGCUACCGACGUUCGAUAAAGAAACGGACGUGCUGUUGUUUUUCAAAAUGUACGAUCCCAAACAGAAGAAAAUCCAUUAUUGCGGUCACAGUUAUUUACCCGUUACUAGUAAAUUGGUAGACAUAAUUCCUCUUUUGAACGAGAGAGCGGGAUUCACGCCGGACACUGAAUUGCUUUUAUACGAGGAAAUUCGACCUAAUAUGAUAGAGAAAAUUACCAAUUUUAAUGAUCCUCUGGAAAAGGUAUUAGAAGAAUUAAUGGACGGUGAUAUAAUAGUAUUCGAGAAGGAAGAGAGAGAGGAACUUUCGGAUCUUCCAACUUGCGUCGACUAUUUCAAAGAUUUAUUUUGUCGCGUUGAAGUGACAUUCGUAGACAAAUGUAUACCAAACGAUCAGGGUUUCACAAUGGAACUGUCACAAAGAAUGACCUACGACCAAUUCGCCAGGGCGGUAGCGCAAAGGGUCGGAACGGAUCCUUACUUGUUGCAAUUUUUCAAAUGUCAAAGUUAUAAAGAUAGCCCCGGCCACCCUUUGAGGUGUACGUUCGAGGGCACUCUCAAAGACUUGUUAGUAUUUUCGAAGCCAAAAGUACCCAAGAAAAUAUUCUAUCAACAACUUAGUAUUCGUGUAAAUGAAUUAGAAAAUAAAAAGCAAUUCAAAUGUGUAUACGUCGGGCCGAAAAUGAAAGAAGAGAAAGAGCUCAUAUUGUAUCCAAAUAAAGGAGGAACGGUGGCGGAUCUAUUGGAUGAAGCGAAAAAACAAAUCGAAUUUGGAGAGGGAAGUACUGGAAAACUUAGGUUAACAGAAAUAAGUAGUAGUAGGAUAUCGAUGGGGCCAAAGGAAGAUACGCCUCUAGAGCAGCUAAGUAUAACGACAACAAAAGUAUAUAGGAUCGAAGAAGUACCUCAAGAUGAAAUACAUCUCGGCGACGACGAGACGCUAGUCUCUUGCGCUCAUUUUCACAAGGAAGUGUUCUCCACAUUCGGCAUACCCUUCCUAGUAAAAAUCAAGCAAGGCGAACCUUUCAUCAAAGUUAAAGAACGAAUACAGAAACGAUUAGCCGUGCCUGAAAAAGAGUGGGAGAAAUAUAAAUUUGCUAUUGUGGCGCUGGGUAGACCACAAAUGAUCCAAGAGGAUGAAUAUGUAGUGAAUUUAUCUGAUUUUAAAUCUGUUCCUAAUCAAGCUGGUACCCCUCCUAGACCUUGGUUAGGGCUAGACCAUGUGAAUAAAACACCGAAGCGGUCGCGGUUCAAUUACCUGGAGAAGGCCAUAAAAAUCUACAACUGAGACUGACAGAUGACACCUAGUGACAACUAUAUCUCAUCACCACCAGCAGCGGAAUGGCCGGAUUUGUACCUGUGCGUACGUCCUUGUCACUUUACUAACUAGGGUGUGAACGCGCUAUUGCUUAUUCAGAUUUUCUUCAAAUAACUCAAAACGGCAAUUUAUCAGCUAUGUAUAACACUUGUAAAUAUUUAUUUAAUUGACAAAAAUGAAAAUCUGUCUCGUUUUUUCUUUAGGGUGUAUUCACAUGUUGAUAUUUUGUAGUCGGGUUAUUCACGAUUUCUGACGAAAUAGUGUUUCAUUUUAUUAAUAUAGUAUUUAUCAUUGUGCUAAUUUACCGUGUGCUGAUAAAGUUUGGCGCAAUGCGACUUGAAAUUUUCGUGAUUAUACCCAAUUUUUAAUUUUUUUUUUGUUUGAACAUUACAAAGAGCUGUGACUAUAUCUCGGUUCUGUACGCGUAAAAUCGAUGAGUAAAUUAAUUUUAGUUAAGAGCAAAUUUCAAUAGUUUGUAAACAUGCAUAAGGAGAAGAAACUAAAUAAGUUUAAUGGGAAAAUAUUUUAAUAAUUAUGUUUUAAUGUUUAUUUAGUUAUGUGACCCUCGUUUGCGAAUCAAUACUUACAUAACAAACAGAAGAGUAUCCAGCUGCUCUAAUGACUCAAAAUUAGUCCCACAUAAAUAAAUUUUAUUAAAUUAAUGACACUGGUCUCCAUAAAAAAGUUAAAAAUACACGUGUAUGAUUAAAACCAAGCACCAACAAGGGCAAGGUGGUUCUAAAUGUGGUAGAUGUGGGAAAUUAUAAUUUUACAAUAAAUUUAGGUAAAAAAAAAAUUGAAAAGCUAUUAAGAAAGGUUUGGGUUGGUUAGGCUAAGAUUCUGAUGAUGACCUAAAGGCGAAACCAGUUAUCAUUAAAUCAAAAAAAAAUUAUGUGGAACUGAUUUCUAGUCAUUUUCUUGACCUCUCAUAACAAAUUUAAAAUCGAUAUAGAGAUGCUGCGUUACAAUCUAUUAGGCAAAAUUUUAAUUAUCCAUUUACAAUUAUAUCGUCGGAAUUGUUAUUAACUAAAUUUUAGCGUUAGCGGUUGUUUUUAAUCUUAAGAGCCAAUUAAUUUUUCCAAAAGGCAUACCAAAAUAGAAACGGCGCUCAACCACGGUUCGCUUAUUUUAUAAUCAAGAAGUUCGUAACUAAUUGUCGGACCAUUUUUUUCGACCUCUGAAUGUACAGAAGUAGACUGUCUUGAAAAACUUACAUACAAAUAAUCAUCGAUUUAAUUUUCUACAGGGUGUUUCAGAAUAAUAUUUUUACUUUUCAGCUGUGAUGGCUAACAUAUACAAGAAGGGGGGUCUUUUAAACAAAUUCACCUUUUAGCACAAAUUUAAUAUUGAGUUUCAGAAACGACCUUUAAGUUUGAUGUUUCUGUUAAACUUUGACAAAUGUUUUGCAUUUGGCUUCUCAAAUUGCCAGGAUUUUACUCAGUAGAUUAAACUGUGCUGCAUAGUCAUUUAAAAAGUAAAAUUGUAAUUCUGAAACACUGUGUAUAUAAUAUUUAACGUAUUCAUUAUUGCAAGGUACUAACAUUGAUUGCAGAUUAUGUGGAAUUUUAAUUUCUAUUUAUCUUUUAAUAUUAGACAAGUAAGACAGUUUUUACUGACAUGCAUAGAAUUUUUAUUUUUUUAUUUCAUAAAUAAAUUAAUGAAAUUAUUCUGAUAUGAUAAAAAUGUCUGACUGGUGGUGAUUUUAAUAAUUAUUGUUUGAGAACUUUUUCUGUAAUUUUGUGAUAUUUUUUUAACACAAGGGUUUUGGAUAUUUUGCUCUGUACUUUAUCAGUGCCCUGCAAAAUUUGAAAUAUGAAUGUUUCGCCAAAUUUUGAAUAACCUAGUCUUUUAUUUUGAAUUAUAAAUAUUAUUUUAAUGAAUUCGGUUGAUCAUCUUUUCAAAAAAAUGUAUGUACUAUAUACUAUCUUUAGUUUUUUCUCACCUCAACCGUAUUUCUACAAUUCAGUAAUAAUUUUUAUUUUAUUUAUGUUACAACUGUGAACUUCCUUCGUUUUUUAUACUUUUUGUCGUUACUAACAUGGAAUUUAAAUUAUUGAACUAUAUGAAAUAUACUUGUUUCUCAUCCCAAUUUAUAUAUAUUUUUUUAAAUUUAAUGUUUCUCAUAAUAAUUUUUUUGCUUGUACAAAAUUUUGUAUCAAAUAGAUUGUAUUUAUUGCCACUAUGUAUAUUU